AUGGUUGGACGUGGAAAGAAGCCAGCAAAGGGUGUAAUUGCUUCCCGGAAAACCAAGUCUGCCAGGGCCGAUCUGCAAUUCCCAGUGGGCCGCAUUGAGCGAUUCCUGAGACGGGGUCUGUAUGCUAGAAGAAUAGGUAGCGGCGCUGCUGUGUUCCUGGCAGCCGUGUUGGAAUAUCUGACUGCUGAGGUACUGGACCUCGCAGGAGACGCUGCUUGGAAAGACAAGAAACAGAGAAUUGGGCCACGACACAUCUUCCUGGCUGUGAAGAAUGAUACUGACAUUUGCAAUUUGUUUGAAGGGGUGACCAUUUCUGAGGGAGGUGUUUUGCCCAACAUCCUUCCCCAACUUGUUCCUAAGAAAACUCUUCUAGGUGGACCCAGUACAUGA